AAACAAUGUAAAUUUUCGUAAAGACACUCACAGGAAAGACAAUCACUCUUGAUGUUGAACCAUCUGACACAAUUGAUGCUGUCAAAGCCAAAAUCUAAGACAAGGAGGGAAUCCCACCUGAUUAAUAAAGACUUAUUUUUGCAGGAAAGUAAUUAGAAGAUGGAAGAACACUUUCAGACUAUAACAUUUAAAAGGAAUCAACCCUUCACUUAGUUUUGAGAUUAAGAGGAGGAAUGUAAAUUUUCGUCAAGACACUCACAGGAAAGACAAUCACUCUUGAUGUUGAACCAUCUGACACUAUUGAUGCUGUCAAAGCUAAAAUCUAAGACAAGGAAGGAAUCCCACCUGAUUAACAAAGACUUAUCUUUGCAGGAAAGUAAUUAGAAGACGGAAGAACACUUUCAGAUUAUAACAUUUAAAAGGAAUCAACUCUUCACUUAGUCUUAAGAUUGAGAGGAGGAAUGUAAAUUUUCGUCAAGACACUUACAGGAAAGACCAUCACUCUUGAUGUUGAACCAUCUGACACUAUUGAUGCUGUCAAAGCUAAAAUCUAAGACAAGGAAGGAAUCCCACCUGAUUAAUAAAGACUUAUCUUUGCAGGAAAGUAAUUAGAAGAUGGAAGAACACUUUCAGACUAUAACAUUUAAAAGGAAUCAACCCUUCACUUAGUUUUGAGAUUGAGAGGAGGAAUGUAAAUUUUCGUCAAGACACUUACAGGAAAGACCAUCACUCUUGAUGUUGAACCAUCUGACACUAUUGAUGCUGUCAAAGCUAAAAUCUAAGACAAGGAAGGAAUCCCACCUGAUUAAUAAAGACUUAUCUUUGCAGGAAAGUAAUUAGAAGAUGGAAGAACACUUUCAGACUAUAACAUUUAAAAGGAAUCAACCCUUCACUUAGUUUUGAGAUUGAGAGGAGGAAUGUAAAUUUUCGUCAAGACACUUACAGGAAAGACCAUCACUCUUGAUGUUGAACCAUCUGACACUAUUGAUGCUGUCAAAGCUAAAAUCUAAGACAAGGAAGGAAUCCCACCUGAUUAAUAAAGACUUAUCUUUGCAGGAAAGUAAUUAGAAGAUGGAAGAACACUUUCAGACUAUAACAUUUAAAAGGAAUCAACCCUUCACUUAGUUUUGAGAUUGAGAGGAGGAAUGUAAAUUUUCGUCAAGACACUUACAGGAAAGACCAUCACUCUUGAUGUUGAACCAUCUGACACUAUUGAUGCUGUCAAAGCUAAAAUCUAAGACAAGGAAGGAAUCCCACCUGAUUAAUAAAGACUUAUCUUUGCAGGAAAGUAAUUAGAAGAUGGAAGAACACUUUCAGACUAUAACAUUUAAAAGGAAUCAACCCUUCACUUAGUUUUGAGAUUGAGAGGAGGAAUGUAAAUUUUCGUCAAGACACUUACAGGAAAGACCAUCACUCUUGAUGUUGAACCAUCUGACACUAUUGAUGCUGUCAAAGCUAAAAUCUAAGACAAGGAAGGAAUCCCACCUGAUUAACAAAGACUUAUCUUUGCAGGAAAGUAAUUAGAAGACGGAAGAACACUUUCAGAUUAUAACAUUUAAAAGGAAUCAACUCUUCACUUAGUCUUAAGAUUGAGAGGAGGAAUGUAAAUCUUCGUCAAGACACUUACAGGAAAGACCAUCACUCUUGAUGUUGAACCAUCUGACACUAUUGAUGCUGUCAAAGCUAAAAUCUAAGACAAGGAAGGAAUCCCACCUGAUUAAUAAAGACUUAUCUUUGCAGGAAAGUAAUUAGAAGACGGAAGAACACUUUCAGACUAUAACAUUUAAAAGGAAUCAACCCUUCACUUAGUUUUGAGAUUGAGAGGAGGAAUGUAAAUUUUCGUCAAGACACUUACAGGAAAGACCAUCACUCUUGAUGUUGAACCAUCUGACACUAUUGAUGCUGUCAAAGCUAAAAUCUAAGACAAGGAAGGAAUCCCACCUGAUUAAUAAAGACUUAUCUUUGCAGGAAAGUAAUUAGAAGAUGGAAGAACACUUUCAGACUAUAACAUUUAAAAGGAAUCAACCCUUCACUUAGUUUUGAGAUUGAGAGGAGGAAUGUAAAUUUUCGUCAAGACACUUACAGGAAAGACCAUCACUCUUGAUGUUGAACCAUCUGACACUAUUGAUGCUGUCAAAGCUAAAAUCUAAGACAAGGAAGGAAUCCCACCUGAUUAAUAAAGACUUAUCUUUGCAGGAAAGUAAUUAGAAGAUGGAAGAACACUUUCAGACUAUAACAUUUAAAAGGAAUCAACCCUUCACUUAGUUUUGAGAUUGAGAGGAGGAAUGUAAAUUUUCGUCAAGACACUUACAGGAAAGACCAUCACUCUUGAUGUUGAACCAUCUGACACUAUUGAUGCUGUCAAAGCUAAAAUCUAAGACAAGGAAGGAAUCCCACCUGAUUAAUAAAGACUUAUCUUUGCAGGAAAGUAAUUAGAAGAUGGAAGAACACUUUCAGACUAUAACAUUUAAAAGGAAUCAACUCUUCACUUGGUCUUAAGAUUGAGAGGAGGCUAAUGAUUUAAACUAUUCAUAUGUUAUAUUAAUUCAUAAUUAUCAAAAAAAAAAU